GUUUGUCAACAAAACGUGCAGUGCGUUGCGUUGAAACAAACGCUUGCCGAAUCGCAUCGAAUCGAACCGUAAACAGCUUCGAGAGGCUUUCUUAUCCUCCUCCUCCGUGCAACCAAAAAAACCGGUCUGAUUACAAAACCACAUCGUGUUUAGUUGAUAGUGUUUCGUACAAGUGGUGUUCUGUACAGAUAAGACUCCGGGUGUUCUUCCAGAAAAAGGUUCUCGCGGGAAUGUGUCUUUGAUAGAAAGCGCGAUUCGGAGAAAGUUUGUCCCAGGUUUCGUACUGCUUGGAAAGAAGCACAAAGUAUUACGAAAUACAAUGUCGUCACUGGUGAUCGGUUUAUCGCGGUUGACGACGCUAGCAGUGAGAUCCCCUGCAAACAGGUUUGUGUCGCAUCUUCACCUCAGGAAUGUGGCCAUUAGCUCCAGUGGAUGGCACAGUUGGAGUGGGCAGCGACCAAGAAUCGACGACAAUGGAAGUAGGCAUGGGCAGGAGUAUUCCGUGGCAUCGAGGUUUCAACAGCACCAAAGUGUGAGGCACUUCUACAGGGAUGUUCCACAAGAACAGACACCGGACAAGAAGAAUAAGGGAGAACCCCAAGACCCUACAGAUAGUAGCAGUAAGGCAUCACCCGUCGAUGGCAGCAGUGGCACAAUGCAACAAGAGGAACCGGCCAAGCUUGGCCUAUUUGCACGCUUCAAGAAGAUGGGCAAGGAGUACUGGUACGUGUUGGUUCCGGUCCAUUGCGUGACGUCGGUGUUCUGGUUGGGUGGGUUCUACUAUGCGUCCAAGAGCGGUGUGGACGUGAUUGCCCUCCUCGAAUCGAUGGGCGUCUCGCAGAAGCUGAUCGAUCCGGUGCGGGAUUCCAGCCUGGGGCACAUUGCGGUCGCGUAUCUGCUGUACAAGAUUGCAACGCCGGCGCGGUACACCGUCACGUUGGGUGGUACCACCCUUUCCAUCAAAUACCUCGUCCAGUGGGGCUACAUCAAGCCGAUGCCCUCGAAGGCCAAGCUGGUCCAGAUGUACAAGGACCGGAAGGAGAACCUCCAGGAGCGCAUCGCCGAGAAGAAGCAAGACUUCCACGACCGCAAACAGCAGCUGGCCGACGCGGGCAAAAAGAACCUCCAGGACACGAUGAAGACGAUCAAACCGAAGAAGGACGUCCCGGAGCCCAAGUAGCGGCGGGCCAGAGCGGAUUCAGACCGGCUUCGGGACACCUGUUAGGAUGUGUUCACACAUCCUUCGCCGUGCAUUAAUCGUAACUACGUACUGUAUAAAAAGAUUUGUGUAAAAGUCGUACCACGUGCUAAUACAAAGUGCUACCCUAGUGUUUUCUAUUCUUGAGAUUGUUAAUCAUGCUUCGUUUAAAAUUUAUUUUUGACCAAAAAAUAAAUAUUUAAAAGAGA